GGACGCAUUCUUUUGACACCUUUAAUGACAACUUCAACUGUAAUCCAGCACAGAAUCUUUGGCAAAUAUUAAUUGACAUCUAUUGUUGCUUGUUGAAUCCAGAGUGGGAUUGCUGUUUAAGUGAACGAAUAAUACUGCAGAAUAGGAUCUCACUGUUGAAGGCAUAGUCUGACAGAUUACAAGCUCGCAAACUGCAUUGUGAUGGGCUUGUGCUGAUGGACGUCGAACCUGGACCGAACGAUGACAAGGUUCCCACCGGUGCAGCACCACCCCCUGCAAAGCGCUCCAAGAAGGGCAAGAAGAAGGUAACAGGGGUGCCAACUGCAGCAGACUACCUCAAAGUCACCCCGAUCCACAGCAAUGCAGACAUCCUUGAGGAGGAUGGCAAGCCCGUGCAGCUCAGCAAGCUCGAGAAGGCGCAGCAGGCCGUUCUCAGUGAGGACGGCAUGUCAGUCACAUGCCACAAGGGCUACCGCAUGGCACGGGCGACAAGGGGCGCCUAUGUGGGCACGUGGUACUUUGAGAUCCGGGUGACGCAUCUGGGUUCGACGGGGCACUGCCGGCUGGGAUGGUCUACAAAGAAGGGUGAGCUGCAGGCGCCUGUGGGCUACGACGAGCACAGCAUGGCCUACAGGGACCUGGAGGGCUCCAAAGUGCACAAAGCCUUGCGCGAGGACUACGGAGCACCCUUCGCUGAGGGAGAUGUCAUUGGGUGCUUCCUCCACAUGCCAGAGGGCGGCAGACCAGUGGAGAGCAGCAAAGAGGAUGUUUGGAGGCUGAAGAACAGGCUAGUGAUUGCUGAACAUCCAGAGCAGGAAGCGAAGCGACUGGCUGGCAGUCUUGUUGGGUUCACAAAGAACGGAGAGUUCCAGGGUGCUGCUUACAGGGAUAUCUUUGAAGGGACAUACUACCCUGCAGCCUCGCUAUACACAUUGCCAGAGCAGACAGAGGGUGCAACAGUGACCUUCAACUUUGGGCCAGAUUUUGCAUUCCCAGCACCUGAAGUGGAGGGCUGCCCACCAGCACGCCCAGCCUCAGACCUGUCAGUCAGGACCACAGACCCCAAAGGAGAUGCUGUGACAGCUUCAGCCACUGUCAACGGCUCUGGCAAUGGCUCAGGCAUGAGCAAAGGAGCAGAUGCGCAGUCGCUGUCAGAAGCCAUUAGCUAGCCGCCCCGCAUGCUGUGCAUUGAAAAGCAGGCUGCUUGUCAACGUGGACGUCCUUGCAGUUUUUUGAGUGCUUGUGGUGUUUCAGAGUGUGCACGCUAUUGUGGAGCGCUGAAUAAAGUUGACAUAAGGCUCACUACCAUCCAUACGGUUCGGAAUGGACCAGACAGGGGAAAUUAAUGCAGGAGAAUCAUGCAACAUCCUUGCUCUUACAUUUUCAAAUGCUCCUAUCCCAUGCUUGACGUGCUACGCUUUUCAGUAUAGUGUGGUGUCAAUACCAGACAUCUCAGUGUUGAUCAGCAGCAGUACAUGCCCCCAUAUGUGACACACUUCCAAUCUUGCGACC